AUGGGAAACCGCCAUAUGACCCCCGAGGCUGCUGCACGUAUUGCAAAGUCACACCCUGGAUCAGGAUUUGCGAGAAGAUCUGCUCGGGCAGGUCAUAGUAACAGCGAACGCGACGCUAAAUCUCAAUCUGCACGGGACGGCGAGAUACAAGGUCGGAAUGGGGGAAGUGAAGCAUCGAGCGGUAAUCAAAAUACGAAGACAGAUCAAAUCUCUGUACAAUACGAACAAGAGCAAGGUACUUGGGGAGAACGAUGCCCAUAUUGCACCUCAGAAGCCCUUUGCGCCCGUCAUACAAGCAAGUGGGGCUGGUGUUAG